GGCCCGGAAGCGGGAAAUUGAAGCGCUGCCGGCGGGCCGCUCGGGCGGCCCCGUGGCUCGCUAUAAUCAGGUGAGAACAGCACCACGCAAUUCACAGGUUUUCAACAGGAACUGCUAUCUGCAUUGAGAUGGAGGAAGCAGCAUGUGGUAAAUUGACGUCUUUGUGCCAUACACCAAAGGAUUCUGGGACAGCAGCUCCACAGAGGACUAGUUCAGGAAAACAGCCAAUGAGUGCAACUCUAAGGGAACGAUUAAGGAAAACAAGACGUUCAUUUACUGCUAAUUUUGCAGUGGCAAAGCGGCUCAAGGUAGACACUGAAGAAAAAGACUGCACAGAUGUUGACAAUGGGUGUCUGCCAAAGAUAGGCAUGGAUUGUUCCACAUUACAGGAUGGUUCUGAAUGCCUGGAACAAAACUGCACUGUAAAUACAUAUUUCAAAAGUCCAUUACAGGAGAACAAUCUCUGUGAAUCAGCAGAGAACGUGGUAAGGGUUGAUCUUGGUCAGCAGCACUCCCUAGGAGAAAAAGUGAGGCUGAUGAAACAAGUGAAAGAGAAGGAAGAACUACUUCGAAGGCUCAAACUGGUCAAGAUGUACCGAUCUAAGAACAACCUGUCUGAACUGCAAGCUUUGAUAGUGAAAUGGAGAAGCAGUACCCAGCUGAUGCUGUAUGAGCUGCAGGCAGCCUUUUCUGCAGAUGGCAAGAAAGUGAGUCUCAGUCAGCUGAUAGAUACUUUUGGAUUGGAAGACCACUUAUUACAUUACAGCAGAGCAGAAGAAGAUUUUGUAGACACAUAAUCUACUGGUGCAAAGCUUUCAAUUACACACAUGCAUAAGCAAAAAAGACUGAAUGAACUGAUAAACUAACAAGUGUUGAUCAUACACCAGACUUUGUUUUGGUAAGAGGAUUUCUCAUGAGAGCUUGUGAAACUGUGUACUUAGAUAUGGUAGGCUGUAAAAACCAUUACUGUAUAGUAAAAACUGAACUUAUGCAGACUGUGUUGGAGAACUGGCUAGAGAGCUAGGUCAGUGAAUUAUCUAAAAUAAGAUGAAAUCACAUAAUACUUUAAAGGUAGAAGGCAGACAGUUGUUUGAUUAGUCUUCAUGGUUUUAAGACAGAGGGCAAGUUCAAAUCAAUUAUAAUUUCUGUUGAUGUUCACAUGGGGAGAAGGGUUCAGUUCUUUGUUCAUGGAUAAAUCCUCAACGUCCAAAUUUGUUCCUGCUGCCAGUCAGUUAAUGACAGCAUUUUGCGAGUCAGGUAAAGAUAACUUAAUUUUCAUGUUAAUAUUCUGGAACUGCAAUUAGAUAUUCUUAAUAGCUUUAAUUAUUGCUAAGGGAAAUAUGCCAUAAUGGCACUGAUCUUUGUCCAGACAGUUGUUUUUAGGGGAACUCCCAGAGCUUUUGGUAAUAGGAGAGCAAGAAAAUUGCAACUGCUGUCUGUCUACUAUACCAGCUCAUUUAAGAGCUGAGGCAUUCUCUCUCAGGUUCUUCAAUUACAGCAUCAUUUACCUUUCUGCAGUAACACUAAAUAAAACUUCAGCAUUUCAUUUAUUCUCCAAUAAACACUGUCUUUUCAAAAUGUUUUACUCUUAUUAUUUCAACUUGAAAUUGCUUAUUUUCUCACUUCUAUGCAUGCAUUGUGGUGACUUGUCUGCUUUUAUUUUCCUUCUUUUAUUCACUGUAACAGUAUAUAGAUCUGUCCUUGAUCUACUGUGCUUCCUAUGUAAAUAUAUUUUUUUUAAGUAUAACCACGUUCUUUAAUUGCUGUAGCUUCACUGUUGUUUACAUGUGGCAAUUACUCAUUAAUAAGUAAUUUUGUACAUACCCUGAGGGAAGGGGAAAGAAAGUCACAGAUGAAAUAGUCCACUUCAAUAUUGUUAGGGAUCAUUAAAUUGAAGUUUGCAGCCACAGUUUGGUUUUAGGAAUACUGAGUGGCACUGCCCAUUGGAAAUUAAUGAAGAACAACCUUUAUUACUGAUCAUAUUUUGGGUAUUAAUAAAUGUCUUCUGCCUCUUUAGCUUACUAAUACAAGAUGAGGGGACUUUCUUCUGGGGCCAGUUCUUUUUCCUAUGACCUUUGCCAAGUUUGGAAUUCUUUUACUUCUAAGGAAGUUUCAGCAAGAAGCAAAAAAGCUUGCAGGAAGAAUGGGGAUGUAAUUAGAAUCCCUUAAAAGUCUGAGAUGAUAAAGCAAAAGUGUUUGUCACAACAGAAGUACUUUUCAUUACAGGUAUAGGAUUUUCCUGAACCAAGGUAUCAAAGCUAUUAAUACUCUCCCAGAGGAAUAAUUUUAGAUUUUAUGGGAAUUUAUGAAAGGUAGAGAAAAACCUGACAUGAAGCAUAGAAAAGGGAGGUAAUUUGCAGAUGCAAAUUUACUUCUUUCUUGCACUACUUCACAAUAUCCUAUAACUGCAUACUAAGGAAAUAGAACAGGUGUAUUUCUAACUUGUAGAAUGAUCAUCUUUUAUUUUCUGUAGUAAGCUAUAUGAUUUAUAUAAGAGCAGAAAUGCAUCACAGAAGAAAAAACAAUGUAGGUAAGAUGAGGUACAAAACAUAUGAAACAAACAUGCAUCUUUCCAAGUGAUGUUAUUUUAGAAGAAAUAGAAGAACAGAAGAUGAUAUUUGCUGAAAGACAAGGUCAGAGAAAAAAGGUAUAUGUCCAAAGUCAUGUUCUCAUAAUAUCUAGGACUGGGAUUUUUAAAGAGUAGGGAAUGUUUUUGAUCUUAAUCUUUCAGCUUCUGCUUGAAGAAUGUCAAGGUGUUUUUCCUGUUCCUCUAUGAGACCUCGUAGAUGUUUCUGCUUCAGAAUCUCCUGGUAACGCCGCUUUGCAAUCCUUUCAGAAAUAUGCUGCAUGUCUGCAUAAAACAAGAUACAAGUCAGCCUGUACAUAUAGUGGAUGAAUAGUCUAUAAACAUAUUGGACUCACUCUGGGUUCAUUCCAAUUUCUGUAUAAAAUAAGCACACAUUUUUCAAAAAGGCUCACAGCUGGACUUAAGGGUCUUUAUAAUAGUAAAUAAAGCAAAAAAACAUUUAAAAGGCACUGGGUGCACUUCCUUUACUUUUUAACAAAUACCUAAUGCUGUGAAAAUAACCAUUUGACUGGUGGAAAGAACCAUACAGCUUUCCCAAUAAGGGAUAUCCUUCUAAGCUUCUUGUUUCUUUGCUCCCUUAAGUAUAUGGAAAGAAGUGUGUUGAACAGUCUUAGAAAUAAAAGUCUGUUGUAUAAUGAAGAUAUUAAUGACUAUAAUAUUUUGCCUUCCAGUAAUUAAAUCAACUUUGGUUACAGGAGUAUCGAUCUGUAGGAAUGUUCUUAUGUAAACAAUGUUAAAAUUGUCGUGGUACUGCUAAUUAUGCACCUGAAGUAAUAAAUAAACGUUCCUUGCCCUUUAGUGGA